GCUACGAUUUUAGACCCGCGGUUUAAAAAAGAUGGAUUCCGGUCUAAUAAUAUAGCACAAAAUGCAGUCAUUUUAAUUGAAAAUGAGCUUGCUUCUUUGAAAAGUCAAUCUCCCGAAAAACUGCCAAUUUCACCAGAUGCUCCAGAAGAAUGUGAAAUGUCCAUUAACGAUCUACUUUUCAGUUUUUUUAAAGCCAAACACGCUGACAAAGCUGGUUCGAAAAGGGUAGAUUCUAUCAAAGCUCUUAAAACCUACAUGGAGCAGAGCCAUCUAAAUCAGGACCCUCUUGAAUUUUGGAAGAAUUUUACAGAUGAAACCGUUGGCCUUCAACAAAUAGCGAGGCACUGUCUGUUUAUUCCCGCAACUUCCAGAGAGUCUGAACCAAUGUUCAGCAAAGCGGCGGAUAUAGUUUCCGCAAAAAGGACAUUACUAAAAACAUCCAAUGUGGACAAUAUUUUAACUGGAGAUUUCAUAGUCGGAGGAAUGAAGGAGGAAGAAAAGCUGGCCUUCGAGCAGAGCUGUAGGUGUGAUCUGCAGCAUUCCUGGUAG